UUACCUGCAACCUUAGCCGGUUUCUGCUCAACAUCUUUCUUCAUAACCAAACUACGCAUUCCAUCGAAUAAUCGAGACGUAUAUCGACAGCUUCAUAGCCUGUACCGAGAUCACUUUGGCGUCGAUCUCGUAUAAAACUCCAUCGGACUUUGUUUCUGCAGCACCUGAUACGUCACCGCAUUAGCGUUGGCGUUCUGCCCCUGUCACGGCAUUCCGGGGCCGACACUUGCUUCUGUACGCUCUGGCUACAGCAGUAAUUCUGUCUGCUAUUUCGUGUCCGCAUCGUCGACGCUUGCCAUUCUCAUUCCAUCGCAUCAACCUAUCCAUCAGACAAUAUGACCUGGGCCGAUGAUAACUGUUCCUACACGACCGAAGGUAGCAAUUAUACCUUCGGCUCUGCACACUCGGUCACAGAAACGGUGGAUAGUGGCUGUUCAGACGCGACCUCCGUAUAUCACAACGCUGAUGAAGAAGACGUCGAUCACCCGCCUGCUGACCCACCGGCCGGGUGGUUGCCGUGCGAAUUCGUCGGAAUGCACUGCCAACUUAGUUUCCAUGCCAGCGAUGUCGAGAAUUGGAUCAACCACAUCAUCACGGACCAUCUCAGUAAUCAACUUCCCAUCAGGGCUAUUUGCUUAUUCUGUGAUGAUUAUACCUUCGACUCAACGGCGAAUGAACUGAAUGGCGAUACGUACACCAAUUUCUGGAAUAGGAUGAUGCAUAUUCGAGAACAUUUUUUGGACGGGGAGAGAAUCUGCAACAUCCGUCCCGACUUUUGUAUGUACGAACACUUGCACGACCAAAACCUUAUACCGGAGGAAACAUAUCGUAUGGUUAUGAAAUAUAAUGAACUGCCAUAUGGCCAUAGUCAAUUGAAACACAUCCGGCCGCGCACCUUUGUGUCGCCGGAGGAGUUGAAGAGAACAGAGAAGUCCAACAGGGUGCUGAUAGACCACACCAAGGAGGAGCGAAGUAGGAAGAGAAGUGGCAAAGACAGAAAGAAUAAAGAAAAAGGUAAGACGUCAAGGUUCGUCGUCGUCCAGCAAUAAAUGAGAGCAACGAAAAAAUGUUGCCAUAAAUGCGGCGGGAUACCCACAAAUGGGUCGCGAACCAUCGCCGCAACGGAUCAUCAGCCGACAAUCCGAUAUCCGAUGGGCAACAUACCGAAUUCGUUAAAGGAACAGUCCCGACGCCGGUCUCGACCCAGCACGGCUUACUAUCUUUAUAUCACUAUUUUCUUG